AUGGGCCUACGCAACAUGUCGUGGGACGAAUGGAUUGAACUCGAUAAUGAAUACACAUCUUACCACUCCCUCAAAGCAGCCAGGAUAGCCGAAAGAGGAGAAAAAUGCAUCAAGACGGCUCCUGAAGCGAUGAGUGCGGCGAAGGAGUUGUUGGAGGAGUUGGUUGAUUACUUACCACAGCGGUACCCGAGUUUGUUCCAAGAGAUGAAGGUGGGGAAGGGGAAGGGAAUGAAGAAUCUAGAGACAGGUGAGGUUUUCGAUGUGGAGGGGUGUGCGAGAGAUGGGAAGAGGGAGGAUCUGAUGGAGAUGUGUGCUAGGAUGAUUCAAGAUGAUCUUGCAAUCAUGGUUGAGAAGGAGGAUGGGCAGUACUACUUGCUUGCUGGUGCUAUCUUGCUGGCGGGAUUUUGGAGGUUGGAGGAUAAGUUUGGGAUGCCGCUUUCUACCAUUCAUACGAGUGGGGACGUUCCGGGGUUCAAAGACAAACUCGAGAAACCAAUGUCCAAUUUCUUCCGCAGAAUACAACCACAGUCACCUGUUCUACGGAACAACUACUUCAUUCAAGUCGAUGACAAACUAGCCUGGAGCGAGAGUAUAGGCAGUGAAGAUGCGAAAGAAGAUGGAGGCAUUGGGUGGUUUACAGCAGAGAAGAACAAGGCCGUUGAGCAUCAUUGGUUCAGGAGUGAGAGGCAGAGUUUACGGAGGUUGCCUAAAUCUGGUGGUGUGGUAUUUACGAUUCGAACUUACUUCCAUCCCAUCACGGAUAUCGCGCAGGAACCCUAUGUGCCUGGCCGACUAGCCAGCGCGAUUCGUUCUUGGGGUGAGGAUGUGAGUCGCUAUAAGGGGAAGGAGAUGUAUGGGGAUGUAUUGCUGGAGUAUCUGGAAAAGAAACACGCAGAGCAGGUGGAAGGAGGGCUGGACGUUGAUGGGGAGGAAGAUGUUGCAAGGGGUUAUCCGUUUUGA